AUGGAGGUGCCUCUGCAGACAGAGAUGGUGGAGCUGGUGCCCAAUGGCAAACAUUUGGAGGGCCUGCACCCAGUCGCCAUCCCAACGGUAGACAACCAGAGAGCCGAGGGCCCCAGACAGAACUGUGUGGAGGGCGAGGACUUCCUGCAGAAAAGCCCCGGCAAGGAGCCGCAUUUCACCGACUUCGAGGGGAAGACAUCAUUCGGGAUGUCAGUGUUCAACCUCAGCAAUGCCAUCAUGGGCAGUGGUAUCCUGGGGCUCGCCUACGCCAUGGCCAAUACGGGCAUCAUCCUUUUCCUGUUUCUGUUGACGGCUGUUGCCGUGCUGUCCAGUUACUCCAUUCAUCUGCUGCUCAAGUCCUCAGGGAUUGUAGGCAUCCGUGCCUACGAGCAGCUGGGCUACCGUGCAUUCGGGACUCCAGGGAAGCUUGCUGCAGCCCUGGCCAUCACGCUGCAGAACAUUGGAGCCAUGUCCAGCUACCUAUACAUCAUCAAGUCUGAGCUGCCCCUUGUCAUCCAGGCCUUCCUGAACCUGGAGGAGAAAACCUCGGACUGGUAUGUAAAUGGAAACUACCUGGUAAUCCUGGUCUCUGUUGUCAUCAUUCUGCCCCUGGCGUUGAUGCGGCAGCUUGGAUACCUCGGUUACUCGAGUGGCUUCUCUCUCAGCUGCAUGGUGUUCUUCCUAAUUGCAGUCAUCUAUAAAAAGUUCCAUGUGCCCUGCCCUCUGCCUCUGAACUUUGCCAAUGCCACAAGCAACUUCAGCCAUGUGGCGGUCAUCAAAGAGGAGACACAGCUUCAGGUUGAGGCCGAGGCUGCAGCUUUCUGCGCCCCAAGCUACUUCACACUCAACAGGCAGACGGCGUACACCAUCCCUAUCAUGGCCUUUGCCUUCGUCUGCCACCCUGAGGUGCUGCCCAUCUACACAGAGCUCAAGGACCCCACCAAGAGUAAGAUGCAGCACAUCUCCAACCUGUCCAUCGCUGUCAUGUACAUCAUGUACUUCCUGGCUGCCCUCUUUGGCUACCUCACCUUCUACGACGGGGUGGAGUCGGAGCUGCUGCACACCUACAACAAGGUGGACCCGUUUGAUGUGCUGAUCCUGUGUGUCCGCGUGGCCGUGCUGACGGCUGUCACCCUCACAGUGCCAAUUGUUCUGUUCCCGGUGCGCCGAGCCAUCCAGCAGAUGCUGUUUCCGAACCAGGAGUUCAGCUGGCUGCGACAUGUGCUCAUCGCCAUCAUCCUACUCACUUGUAUCAACCUGCUGGUCAUCUUUGCCCCCAACAUCUUGGGAAUCUUUGGGGUCAUCGGUGCCACAUCUGCCCCAUGCCUCAUAUUCAUCUUCCCUGCCAUUUUCUACUUCCGCAUCGUGCCCACUGAGAAGGAGCCUGCAAAGUCCACCCCGAAAAUCCUGGCCCUUUGCUUCGCCAUGCUCGGUCUCUUGAUGAUGGUCAUGAGCUUGAGCUUCAUCGUCAAUGACUGGGUCUCAGGGACCAACCAGCAUGGAGGACACCACUAG